AUGAGCCACUCUGAUGACAAUCCAAUACCGAGUAAUCAUAGAAUAAGAUUCAAAAGGCUUAAUCAAGUUUGUGAUAAAGCUUUAUCACAGUCAAUUGCGAAAUUACAGAACUGGGAAAAGUUAUCGAGCUGUUAUCCGGAAUAUAUCUCAACAAAAGAGGGUUAUAUUAACUUGAAAACAUGCCAAAGCCAAGUAUGUGAGUUCUGGUGGGAUCUGUGUAAGCAGGAAUUUGAAGCUAUAUUUGAUGAACGUAAAGUUAAGGAAAAAUUGGAUGAAUUAGACGAUUUAAUUCUCAAGGCCAGGGAUAGAAGUAACUCAAAUAGUGGCAAAGGGAAUGCAUUAUGCGUUGAGAAACUCACUCCUGAUGACAUCAUGAAGGGAAAUAUACAAAAAGCCAAGAAAGAGACCAUAAAUCGGUUAGAUGAAAACCUUGAAACCUUAGAUGGUAUGAAUAAGGAACUACAGACUGAAUUGUCUAAGCUAAAUGAAUCAAUAAAUGAAGAGCUAAAAACAUUAGAGGGGAUAUAUGACCGUUGGUUAGGUACUAAUAUCAGUAGCGGUGCUUCAGAAUUGAAGCAAGGUGUAGAAAAUAUGCUUUUAGAGGUACAGGACCAGCUCUGCGAGGAAGAAGCAAAUAGAUGA